GGUGUGCUGGUGCUGCCUUCUCCGUAAAGAGGAAAGUUCUCAUUUUAAGUUUGGGGUCAAUUCCACUUGGCAUCCCACCGCCGUGUUCACGAUGUUGGGCGCGUGCAGUCGGAUCCUCAGACGGGCUCAGCCUCGGCUGCUGCUUUCCUCCCCGUCCCAGCGACCACUGAGGCACCAGAUGCAGACCCGCGCGGAGGCAACGUUUCAGUCACUGGAAGACUGUCUCGUGCUCAACAACGGAGGGGCGACCAUGCGCCUGAACUACUUGUGGCUGCGGGAUCACUGCCGCUCCCCCUCUUCAUACAACUCCCAGAGCAACCAGAGGAACCUGGACACCGGGAGUGUCGACCUCAACAUCCGACCCGAUCAUACCACCGUGCAAGAUGGCCAUCUCAUCCUCACGUGGCCUGGAGGUCAUGUGACAAAGUACAGCCUCAGCUGGCUUGCUGAGAACAGCUAUGAAGGAACGAAGCAGAGCCCCGUCCAGCCAUGCAUCCCGUGGAACUCGGACAUCUAUAAAAAUGCAAACCCCCCCUCCGCCAAAUGGGACAAGUUCAUGAGCAGCGACGAUGAAGUCAAGAAGUUUCUUCAUAACUAUCUUCUGUAUGGGAUCGCUUUUGUCGAUGAUGUCCCCGCUACAGUCGAGGCCACAGAGACAGUGGCCAAGAGGGUCAGUCUUAUCAGGGAGACUACGUACGGAAGAAUGUGGUCUUUUACUUCCGAUUUUUCCAGAGAAGACACUGCUUACAGCAAGCUGGCCCUGGACCGUCACACAGAUACCGCCUACUUUCAGGAACCGUGUGGAAUCCAGGUGUUCCACUGCCUGAAGCACGAGGGAACUGGGGGAAGGACGCUACUUGUAGAUGGGUUCUACGCUGCUGAAAAAGUGCGCCAGCAGUCUCCUGAGAACUUCGAGCUGCUUACACGAGUGCCGAUCCGGCACGAGUACAUUGAAGCCUCUGACGACCACCGAAACCACAUGACGGGCAUCGGCCCUGUGCUCAACGUCUACCCUUGGAACAAGGAAAUGUACCUGAUCAGAUACAACAACUAUGACCGAUCAGUGAUAAACACCAUACCCCAUGACCUUGUUCAGCAAUGGUACGUGGCACAUCGAGAGCUGACGACAGAACUGAGGCGGCCAGAGAACGAGCUGUGGGUGAAACUGACUCCAGGGAAAGUGAUUUUCAUCGACAACUGGCGUGUCCUGCAUGGGAGGGAGUCUUUCACUGGCCUGAGGCUGCUCUGCGGAUGCUACCUGACCAGAGACGACAUCCUCAGCUCUGCACGCGGCUUCGGUCUGCAGGCCUGAUCCAGGCUCUGUAGUCUGGUGCAUACUUCUGUAACGCUUGCCAGACGUUACUGCACUCACUAAUGUUUUUUUAAUCUCCUUUGGGCUCUGUAGAGGCACCUCCCCUCACUGAUAUCAGUUCUGGAUGGCAUAGAUUAGAUUAGAUUAGAUAUUCCUUUAUUAGUCCCACAGUUGGGACAUUUCAGGACACCCCAGCACGCUGCUGGCCUUCUCUAGCAGCUUGUUCAGCCUCUUCCUGUCAGCCGCUGCCAUGCUGCUGCUCCAGAAGACCACUCCAUAAAAAAUAGCUGAUGCCACCACAGAGUCAAAGAAGGUCUUCAGGAGUGCUCCCUGCACUCCAAAGGACCUCAGUCUCCUCAGCAGAAAGAGUCUGCUCUGUCCCUUUUUAUAAAGUGCGUGUGCGUGGUCUGCCCAGUCCAGCUUGUUGUUCAGGUGAACACCCAGGUACUUAUAAGAUUUUACAAUCUCGAUGCCCCGUCCCUGGAUGCUCACUGGUACCGGAGGAGAGCGUUUACCACGGCGGAAGUCCACCACCAGCUCCUUGGUUUUACUAGAGUUGAUGUUUAGGUGGUUCUGCUGGCACCAUUCCAAAAAGUCCUGGUUCAGUUCUCUAUUCCCUGUCAUCGUCGGCAGAGUUGAGGCUGGCGAUUGCAGAGUCGUCAGAGAACUUUUGCAGGAAGACGUCAGAGUUGUGCUUGAAGUCCGAGGUGUAGAUGGUGAAGAGGAAUGGAGCCAGAACAGUUCCUUGUGGAGCCCCCGUGCUGCAGGAGACCCGGUCUGACUCAUACGUGUCUGUAUAUGGGUAACAAUGAAGUUCUGGGCGAUAUUAAUCACCGGCUGCAGAGCGUUCCUGUCCUGGCUUCUGCACAUGCCCUGACAGUUUUUAAUGUUUCUAGUCAUUAUGCUUUCUAUUAGUGCUAUUGGUCCUCUGUGGAAGUUAACAGGAACCUGGCACAGGAAUGUUGCCUUCCUAGAGCUAAGUAAUGUAUUCUAGAAAUGUGUUUUUAAUAUUUGUUGAAAUUCAUAUGCUCUCAAUAAAAACUGCAGCGAUAAGGUGCUGUGAAAUACAGAGAAAGGCCCCUUUACACACGAGAUUGACAAAUGAAUAAUGUUUAUGAUGAACAAAGUACACUAGGCAAGAAAGAGUAUGUACAUCUCGGCUAUUAUUUCUUUGGUUUGGAAUAUUGAGUUAAUUUCGUAAAACAUUCAGCUUGGUAAGUAGCCAUUUUAUCAAUUUGCCUAAAUCCCUGUGAAGUAAUGGUUGUCUUGCUCAGAGUGUAUAUUGUAAGUACACUUUACUGUUUUGAGUGUGUGUGUGUGCGCCACGACUCAAUGACUCGGGAAACAAUAUUUUAUUAAAUCAGGAUCUUUGGAAGUCAUUACAUAAAGUAGUCAUACUUCACCCAUA